UCACUCAUUUGGCCAGUCACGGGGCCAAAACCAGUGUUUGGAGCCACAGUGUGGCGGUGGAGGCAGCAGCAAUGGGAGGGCCAUAGAGCAACCUAUGACAAAAUGGAAACCAGCAGGAGUGUGAGGAGACCUGAAAGUGGCACAUGGCAGAGUGGGAGCAAUGGGAGGCGGUACAGGGACCCAUGUCACACUGUGGACCCAGCAGCAGCGUGACCAGGCGGUACGGGGGCCCAUGGCAGAUUUGGGGCCUGGCAGCACCUAUGGGAGGCCUGUAAUCUGCCAGCAACCUAUGACAAAAUGGAAAACCGCAGGAGUGUGAGGAGACCUCAAAGUGGCACAUGGCAGAGUGGGAGCAAUGGGAGGCCGUACAGGGACCCAUGACACACUGUGGACCCAGCA